AUGACUGAUCUUUUACAGAAAUCAAUUCUAACAAGUGAAGAUUUACUUACGCAAGCGUGUAAAGAAGCUAUUGACUCUUUCAAAAACUCAAGAAACCAAGAAGAUAUAGCAGAUGAAAGAUUAACUCAAAUAUUAUCCAGAUCCAGGUCUAGAUUUUCAGGUCCAAUUCCUGGAGCAGAAACUGUUUCACUGAGAUUUCAUCCUUCAGGUAGAAAUUUGGCUUAUAGUAGAAUGGAUGGUUCUGUAACCGCUUGGUCCCUUGAUGAAAAAUUUAAUUUGAAAAAUAAGAUAUACGUCUCAGAUAUUGUUGGUAGUGAUAAAUUAAUUACAUCUAUAUCAUGGAAUCCCAAUGAAUUGAAUCAAUUCAUCACAGCAGGUAAUACAUCGGAACUUAUUAUAUGGUCAGUAGAUUAUUCAAACAAUUCUAUAAAUAAAUUGAAAACAAUGAAUUUGCAUAAUAGAGUGAAAAUAAAUAAUUGUAUGUUUGAUCCUACUGGAAAAUGGCUAAUUGCAGCCACAAAGUCAGGUCAAUUAAAUUUAUUUGAAGUAGAUCAAGAUUUUAAAUUAAUAUCUGGAAUUAAUGUUUCUGAAUUUGCUAAUAUUAAAUCACUACGAUCAAUAAUAUGGAAUAAUUCUGGAAAAUAUUUAUUCAUAGGUUCUAAAUGUGGUUUGUUAUUAAUUUUAAAAUUAGACCCAGUUUCCAAAGAAUUCUCUUUAGUUUCUAAAAUGAUGGCUCAUUGUUCGUCUAUUUCUACUUUAUCUAUCGAUCCUCUUGGUCGAUAUUUGGUAUCAGGCAGUGAAGAUGGAUCAUGUGUAGUAUGGGAUUUGGAGAGUUUAACGUGUAAAUUUCACAUUAAUGAUCUAGGCGAUGGAAUUAUAUCAUUAGAUAUUGAUUCAUUGGGCAAAAUUAUUGGUAUCGUUACAGAACAUAAUAAAAUAUUAUUUUAUGAAUUAAAUACUGGUAAGAGCUUGGAUGAGAUUGAUUUAGCAUCUAUAGAAUCAGAUGUUAUAUUAAAGUUUUAUCCACACAUGUUAAAAUUUAUAACAUCUGGAAAAAAUGACACAUUAAAGAUAUACACUUCUACAUUAGCUUUUAAGAAACUUACAGGUGAUGCUAAGAAUCAAUUACCAAGCCAUCCAAAAGAUUCCAGAGAUCAAAGAUCUUAUGGUAAUAGAAUAUCUAAGGAUUCAGAUAAAGACCGUAGUUCAUAUAGAAGAAGAAAUGCCAAUAAUAAUCGUUAUUCUAGAUACAGCAAUAGACCAAGAUACUGA